AUGGAGGAAUGGGAGAUUCAGGUUGAAGAUGAAGCAAGAUACAUGACGGAUGAUUCAAGAGAAAUGGACCUCCUUAAGCGACCGUGCAUCUACCAUCCUUCGUUGCAGAUCAAAACCACAAAGCCUACAGACCUCAAACAGUGCCAUUCGGCCCUUACCAUCACGGGACGCGAGCAGUUCAUGAACAACCUCAUACUGCGAUUCUAUAAUUCUGAAGCACGUUGGCAAAGAAUGGAAAAAUGCUUGCACGUACUUGAUGUAUACCGGAAAAGCCUAGUUUUUAGAGACAACGUCACAAGAUCUGACAUUGUCAGCAGAAUAUAUUAUAGGGAUUCCAGGAUGUCUCGUUCGGCGAAGCAGUUGUAUGAUGCUGGUGUGAUAAUCAAAAGAUCACACCCUAGCAACCAAAAAUUCUCAUUCAAAGGAAGGGUCCUACUUCUCCCCUUGUUCAUUAUAGAUGAGACCACUGAAUCAACAUUUCUAAACAUGACAGUUUUUGAACGUUGCUAUGACAACAUUUCACGAUGUGGCAAAACAGGUGUCUGUGUCGCGUUCACUAAUUUCAUUGAAAACUAUUUCUCAAGUCCAUGGACUCUUAUUUCUGUUAUCGCUGCGGGCGUUCUUUUCGGUCUCACCAUAACUCAGACAGUAUACAGCGCUCUGCAAGACUACCAAGGCAACAAGAAGCCAAGAACUCCCUUCUCUCCCAUGUCCCUUCCUAAUAAUUAUGAUACCGUCCCAUUUUCCUCUCACUGUCGUCUAUGCUUGUUUGUAAGAUGA